CAUGCGAAAUUGUAGUCGUAAAGUCUUCAGGUGUAAAUCGUACAUUUCCGUAAAUGUUCGGCUACUCGCGGAGAGCGUUCUUUCGACACUCGUUAACAUCGGAAUCAGUGGCGUUCGGUAUUACGCGAUCUACGGUUGUGCCUGGCAUUGCUGUGGUUUGUUCGAUAUCUCGCAUUUAGUCGUAUUAUAUCCAACGUGUCUCUUCCGUAAAAAGAAAACAAAGUUUUUAACAAAAAUUCGCGUUUCUGGUUACAAUAAAAAAAGAAAAAAAAAAGCGAAAGAAAAUAAAUCCGAUUACGUAUUUCGAUAUAACUGUACCCUUUCGUAUUUGUUCAAAGUUGUGGUAAUUUCUGUCGUUAUUCGUAAAUAUCAAGGGAAACCAUUCUCGUUCAUCGCUUUUUGGUACGUGGAAGAAAAAGAAAAAGAAAGAGAGAGAGAGAGAGAGAGAGAGAGAAAGGGAUCAUCGUUACAUCGUUUUUCAGUUCGAAGCGUAGAAAGGUGAUACCAAAAUGGCGGAAGCUCAUUCAGCCGUCGCAUUCAGUUUUUCCAUCACCCACGAAGGUUUUGACGUGAACUUUGACCGUGAGGUACUAAAUCUCGUUUGGUUGUCCGGCGUACGAUCUUGGAAAAAGAGAUUCUUUAGAUUUAUGAAUAACUUGAGGAGUGGUGUAUAUCCUGCGUCGUUGGGAAGCUUAUGGCUUACCGUUAUUAUUGUCACCGCGAUUCAUUUCGCCGGAUACAAAGUUCCUUACGAUCUCGUUGGUAAAGUUGCACCAUAUCUUUCCGGGUCUUCUAUACCCGCACACAUCGCUGGUUCGUUUGUAAUCAGCGUACUUUUGUGGUUGAUCGUCAUAUAUAUCUUACGAUACAUAUUGAAAUUGCUUCUGAUUUAUAAGGGCUGGAUGUACGAGUUAAGAGGAAAAAAUAAAAAACCUUCCAAAAUGACUCAGAUAUGGCUCAUACUCGUAAAACUUCUUUCUGGUUGGCACAAGCCCAUGCUUUAUAGCUUUCAAGGUUCGCUGCCUCGACUGCCUCUUCCUUCGGUAGAAGAUACUAUGAGACGGUACCUUCGUAGUGUCAAACCACUAUUGGACGAUGAAAAUUAUAUUCGUAUGGAAAGAUUAGCUAAAGAAUUUCAAAAUGGUAUAGGCGUGAAACUUCAACGAUACUUAAUACUUAAGUCUUGGUGGUCUACCAAUUAUGUAUCCGAUUGGUGGGAAGAAUAUGUUUACCUUCGAGGUAGAUCGCCGCUCGUUAUAAAUUCUAAUUUUUAUGGAAUAGAUGCCAUUCUCAUGCAUCCAACUACAAAUCAAGCUGCACGCGCUGCUAGCACUAUUCAUUUUUGCUUACAAUAUAGGCGGCUCAUAGAACGUCAACAACUCGAACCGAUUUUAUUGCAAGGUAUUAUUCCUUUAUGUUCCUGGCAAUAUGAAAGAUUAUUUAAUACUACAAGAAUUCCUGGUAUUGAAACAGAUAAAAUAAUUCAUUAUCAAGACUCCAAGCACAUAGUUGUAUAUCACAAAGGAAAAUAUUUCAAAGUCCUUAUUUAUUACAAAAAUAGAAUCCUUUUACCUUGCGAAAUAGAAUUACAAAUUCAACAAAUUUUGAAGGACAAAUCUGAACCAGCGGAAAGCGAAGAAAAACUAGCUGCAUUAACAGCUGGAGAAAGAAAACCUUGGGCAGAAGCCAGAAAUGAACAUUUCUCGAAAGGAGUAAAUAAAAUUUCUUUAGAUAUAAUUGAAAAAGCAGCAUUCUUUGUUGCCUUAGAUGAUUUCCCAUACGAAUACGACACUCAACAUCCUGAAAAAUUAGAUAAUUAUGGCCAAAUUUUGUUACACGGUAAAGGCUACGAUAGGUGGUUCGACAAGUCUUUUACUUUAUGCAUUGGAAGUAAUGGGAGAAUCGGCUUUAACGCAGAACAUUCUUGGGCAGAUGCUGCGGUGAUGGCACAUUUCUGGGAAUUGUUAAUAUACGAAGAAGCCCACCGAGAGGCUGAUGCACCUGUUAUGGGAUCUCUCUGGGAAUAUGUUAUUGCUAGUACUUUGGAGACAGGAUACAAACCAGAUGGAACCAACGCAGGUACUCCAGAAUUUAUACCACCAAUCCCUACCCGACUCCAAUGGGAUUUGUCUUCCAAAUGUAUAGAAUCUAUAAAUCAUUCUAACGAGAUUGUACAGAAAUUAAUAAAUGAUAUUGAAUUGCGUAUUUAUGUUCACGACAAUUAUGGUAAAGGUUUUAUGAAAGCCAGCUCAAUGUCGCCAGAUGCAUACAUACAAAUGGCAUUACAAUUAGCGUAUUAUCGUGAUGCUGGAAAAUUCAAUCUCACUUACGAGGCUUCCAUGACAAGACUAUUUCGCGAAGGUAGAACAGAAACCGUUAGACCGUGCACCAUUGAAUCUGCUGCAUGGGUCAAAUCUAUGGAAGAUAAAAAUGCAACGUUAGACGAAAAAUAUAAAUUAUUACAAGCAGCAGGACAACAGCAUCAACAAAAUUGUCAGGAUGCUAUGUGUGGCAAGGGUAUAGACAGACAUCUUUUCUGUUUAUAUGUAGUGUCUAAAUAUCUUGAAGUAGAUUCUCCAUUUUUGAAGGAAGUCUUAAGUGAACCUUGGCGAUUAUCUACGUCUCAAACUCCGCAUGGUCAAACUUCCAAAUUAGAUUUGAAGAAAUUUCCCAAUUGUAUUUCUGCCGGUGGUGGAUUUGGACCUGUUGCCGAUGAUGGUUAUGGGGUUUCAUACAUUAUUGCUGGAGAAGACGUUAUAUUCUUUCAUAUUUCUAGUAAACGCAGCUCAUUAGUAACGGAUGCAGCUAGAUUUGCACAACAAAUAGAAAAGGCAUUUGCCGAUAUGAAGACAUUGCUUUUGGAAAGGAAGAAAGUUCAACAGCACAAGAAUGGUUCUACAUAAGGAAUUUAUUUAUUGGUGCGUCAAAAGGCUAUGAAGCACACAUCAAAAACUGUUACAAAGUAUAUAUAUCAAAAUUUAAUUCUUAAUAUUUUAAAGAGUUCACAUUGAAUACAUGCAAAUUUGUACUCUUUAUUAUUUUUAUACGAAUAAUUGUUACAAGGUAACUAUAUAAUAGGGCAUUUGUAUAAAAAGAAAAGGAAAGAAUUUGCUCUUUUUCCAUCAAUGAUUUAUUAUAUUUUGCUAUGGAAUAGUUUUUUUUAUAUAUCUUUAAUGUUGUUCACAUCAAUAAUACAUUUUAACUUUUCUAUACACACUUCUUUUAUAUAGAAUUUUAAAACAGGACAUCAUAAAAAUGCUUAAAUACAUGUGCUAAGCAUUAAAAUUUUUACAAUACAUUUAAACAACAAAACGAUAAAUAAUGCAAUCGCAUUUAUAUUGAAAUCACAAAAUAUUCAAUCUUUUAUUUUCAUAUUUAUUCACAUUAAAUAUUUGCUUCGUUGAUUGCAACAGUUACAGUUUUAAUAUGCUAUUCUUAUAGUGAUUAUCAUAAUUUACCGAUACGUGACUGUCUUUAAUACAUCAAAUACUAUUCGAACUUAACUUUGGACUAAAUUGUAUUUUGAUCGAGAACUCUAUAAUAUUUAUUGCUCGUAUAAAAGAAACAAUACGAAUGCCUGAAAUAUUAUGUGAUCAUAUCAACUUUUAGUAUAAUUAAAUAUAUUUAAGAAUGCCAUAAACUAAUAUCUGCAACCUAUCAAUGCAAAAUUUUAUAAUAUUUCAUUUUAUUUUAUACUAGGAAAGUAAUGUUAUUAUAUAUAUUUUCUUUAAUACAUGUUUGUUAAAGGUAUUGUUAGAGGUACUGGUGCUCUUAAUUAAAAAUAUUUCAACGUUUGACAAUG